AAUUGACAAAAUUUUGUACAACAAUGGAAACAUCUGUGGAACAGACAACGCCACGACUUCCAGGGCCAACACUAACACCCUCCCUAACUGACAACGAAGAUCCUCAUCCCAGUCUCUCAGAUUGGCACGAUUAUGAGCCCAAUUUGGAGUUUGACGACACAGAAUUGUCUCAAGCACCAGACGCCGAUCUCAUUGCAGCUCUCGAUGAUGAUGCCCUAAUAUCAGGAGAUUUCGUGACGCCAACUGACGAUAUUCAAACAAAUCUGGAGGCAGAUAACUACGAGGAGCAAUUACGUGUGGCAUCAGAGAUGGAUGAUUUGAGCAGCAUGAAGAGUUACGAAGAACUCAAAUUUAUUGAUUUCUUCGGGACAGACAAACAGGGACAACAUAUCUUUGCCAUCUUUGCCUGCCGGCUGCCGCCCAAGAGUGAACUCAAUAAUUCAGCCUUCAUCCACUUUAUCAUCCACAAGAUGGAGACAUUUGUCCAGAAUGACUAUGUUCUGGUGUAUUUUCACCAGGGUCUCAAGGACAACAGUAAACCAUCAGUGGAUUUUCUGUGGAAUUCCUACAAGGAGCUGGACAGGAGUUUCAAGAAAAAUCUCAAACGACUCUAUGUGGUGCAUCCUACAAUGUUUAUUCGGGUGAUUUGGAAUCUCUGCAAGCCCUUUAUCAGUGUUAAAUUCAAGAAUAAACUCUUCUACGUGUCCAGCCUUGAGGAACUGAAGGAAAAUCUUGGACUCAAAAGUCUCAAGUUGCCAGAUAAUAUUGCAGAAUUUGACGAGAGGAAUUCUACCAGUAGGAGAACAUCGGGAUUGAGUGGAGGUUGGAAGUCUGAGGAGUCCAGCAUGGCCAAAACAACGCAAUUUGGUGUAACGCUCAAGUUUAUCAAUCAAAAUAGUCCCUGUCUCAAUUACAUUCCUCCCGUGGUGAGAAAAUGUGUUGAUCACCUGUCGGUGAGUGGUGUAAUUGAUACUGAAGGUAUUUUCCGGCGAUCUGGAAACUAUGCCCGGAUAAAUACCCUAAAGGCGUCCGUGAAUGCGGGCGAGAAUGUUGACUUCAAGAAUGAAGACACUCAUGUUGUUGCUGGACUCCUCAAGACCUUCCUGCGGGAUCUCAAUGAGCCCCUCCUGACCUAUGCCUUGUACGAUGAGAUCAUCAAGUUCCUGGAGUGGACCAAGGAGGAGAGACCACGAAAUGUUAAGCAGAUGCUGCGUGAGAAACUCCCAGUGGAAAAUUAUGAACUCUUCAAGUAUAUCAUCGAGUUCUUGGUGAAGGUGAUGGAGUGCAAGGAUUUAAACAAAAUGACCUCGUCGAAUUUGGCAAUAGUUUUUGGACCGAAUCUAAUUUGGGCGCACAAUCAAAUGUCUCUGGAAGAGGUGAAUCCCAUUAAUGCCUUCAUUGAAUUUGUUCUGCAGAAUCACCGAGAUAUCUACAUGGUCGAUAUCAAUCCGAAAGAAACUGUUGAUUAACCCAGGCUUUUGUAAUUUAGUUUUUUCUUCUCCCUUUGAUUUUAUCCUGUUUUUCUUUUUUCUUUUUGUAUAUUUUUUCUCCGAUUUUCGUUAAAAAAACAAGGGAAAAUAUUUUGAUCUAUUUGUAGUGUUGAAGUCUCAUUCCUCAGAAUCUUUUCUUCCAGCUCAAAAAAAAAAACACAAAAUACGAGAGGAUAUUUUUAGCCUGGUUUAUCCUUUUUACAUGGUAAAAAAAACAUUCUGUCUGCAGAGAAAAUAUUAUCUUUAUGGCUGUUAAUAGUUUUCCUUCUCUAUUUACAAACAUUUUCAUUUUAGAAAUAAUUUUAACUAAAGUUAGAAUUUAAAAAAAGUAAUAAAGAAAUGAAAGAAUAAACGAAUGAACGAUGAGGAAUAUUUGCAGAGUAACCAAAGAAUGAUUUAAAAAAAAAAUGAGAGUGUGAGUGAGAGUUUUUUCUUUUUACAACAGAAAUAAAAUUUCUUCUCUUGCUUUUCUAUUUUGAAAAAAAAAUAAUAAUAGAAAAAGCAAUGAGAAGAAAUUAAUUGAGAGAUUUUACAAGAUAGUGUUGCAUUUUUUCUAAAUAUUUAAUGGAAAUAUUAAAAAAAAAAACAAGAUAAAAAGAUUAUAAUUAUUAGAAAUUAAAAA